CCACCGCGCUGGCUAAUGGGGGCACAGGCGCGAAAAUUCUUAUUUCCCUCCACGUACCGGACCGCGCUGCCUUCCCGGCGUGCACCGCGCGCCCGCCUGCUCACCGGCACGUCCCCCAGGUAUCGCCCAGUCAGCCAGCCAGGUGGCCCCGCCUCAGCCCCGGCCUUUGGGAGGCCAAUGGAGGCGUGGCGGCUCCGCCUCCGCCUCGCCCCCGGAGCAGCCAAUGGGAGCAGGGCAGCGCGGGGCAGCCGCGGCGGGAUCGGGAUCGGGGUCGGGGUCGCGAUCGGGAUCGGGCCCGGGCGCAGCAUGGGGGGAUGGCGGGACAUGCCGGCGGAGGCGCUGGAGGAGCAGUACUCCCCUAGCCGCUGGUCCCCCCGUCUGGGCACGGACGCCGUCAUCCAGGCCCACCUGGCGGCGACGGCGGCAGGAACGCAGCGGGCCCGGGACGGUGCGCAGACCUCGCUGCACGUCCCCUACGGCGACGGGGAGGGGGAGAAACUGGACAUCUAUUUUCCUAUGGAACCUUCUGGAACCUUCCCGGUCCUGGUCUACAUCCACGGCGGAUACUGGCAGUGCCUGAGUAAAGAGGAGUCGGGGUUCAUGGUCCCCCCACUGGUGUCGCAGGGUGUGGCGGUGGUGGCGGUGGGUUAUGACAUAGCCCCCAAAGGCCGCAUGGACACCAUGGUGCUGCAGGUGCGGCGCAGCCUUGCCUUCCUGGUGGAGCAGUACCCCGGCAUCAGAGGCAUUUACCUGUGCGGACACUCAGCAGGGGCACACCUGGCAGCCAUGGUGCUGUCCACGGACUGGAUGGAAUAUGGAGUGGUGCUGGAUAUCAAAGGAGCUGUGCUGGUGAGCGGUGUGUACGACCUGGAGCCCAUCCUGCACACCUAUGUCAAUGAUGUGCUGAACAUGAGCUGGGAGGUUGCCCAGAGGAACAGCCCUAUGCUGUACAUUGCUCCACCAGGGCCUGCAGCUGCGGCCUGCGAGGUGCUCGUGGCUGUGGCCCAGCACGACUCGCCGGAGUUUCGCAGGCAGUCACAGGAGUACGGCCAGGCCCUGCGUGCAGCCGGCUGGUCUGUCUCCCUGCUGGAUCUCGCCGGCAUGGAUCACUUUGACAUCAUUGAGAAGCUGUCAGAGGACAGCUAUGUUCUCACGCAGGUGAUUCUGAAUAUGAUUUCAAGAGCUUGAGAUGGCACUUCAGGAGCAAACCAAGAUGUGAGCCACAGCCCUGCAUGGCAGCAACAGGCAGCCUGCGUGCACCCUGCCCUACUGCCCUCCUUGCUCCAGCCGGCUGGGUCUUCUGCGGCAUGGGGAAGCUGCUACCUCUAGACACCCUCUGUGCCCCCUCCAGCCCAGCCAGCCAGGCAGGGGGGCACAGAGCAGGGGCCACCAGGUAUUGGUGAUUAUCACCAGGGCUAGCAUUCCGUUGUGAGGGUGUUUCUGCCAGUCUGGGACACAGGGGGCUGGCAGGCCUGAAGGGCUCUGGCUGGAUGACUGGGUGAUGAAGUUUGUUCCCUCUGUGUCCUGGUUUCAGCUGGGAUAGUUAUUUCCUUUAAACUGCUUAUUGCCAAUACAAAAUAAAAUGGGAAUAACUGCU